GCGUUUGUCCUCUUGCAAUGACCACGGACAAAUCUGAUACAACUUCCAUGAGGUUCAAUUUGAUCUAAUCUCGUAUGAGUGUUCAGGACAACACGGCCGACCCCGAGGUCCAGUCAAAGGAGGCCACGGAUUAUCGCGUCUCGAAGACCAAUCUGUACUUCUUGCCGAUACCCAAACGGCUCCGAUACCACCCCGAUCGCCCGUUCCCAUUCGGCCUGGCGCUCAACUUUCUCUUUGCGGCGGCUUCGACCGCGACGGUGGCCAACCUCUACUACGCUCAGCCGAUAUUGUCAUACCUGUCAGAGACCUUCGAUGUUGGGUAUGAUGAGAUCUCGUUGGCACCGACGUUGACUCAGGCGGGUUAUGCGGUCGGCAUCCUCUUGAUCAGUCCGCUCGGAGAUCUCGUACGAAGGAGGAGUCUGGUCUUGCUCUUGAUUGCAGGUACUGUGGCUCUCAGUGUCGGUGUGGCUACCAGUCAAACGUUAUUACAAUUCGAGAUCAUCAAUUUCUUCUCGGCGUUGUUGACGGUCACUCCUCAGAUCAUGUUACCAUUAACUGCUGAUAUGGCUCAACCCGAAAAACGCGCUCAAGCACUCGCCAUCACGCUUAGCGGCUUGACGUUGGGUGUCUUGGUGGCGAGGGUCCUGAGCGGGACCAUCACAAAUUAUUCGAGCUGGAGGAACGUAUACUGGAUGGCUGUGGGUCUGCAAGCAGUCACCUGGGUCGCAAUGUAUUUUGCGUUGCCAGAUUUUCCGCCGAAAACUCGAGGCAUAUCUUACUUCCAAAUGCUUUGGAGCAUGUUGACCUACAUCUACAAGUUUCCCACUCUCGUUCAGUGCUCGUUGAUCGGUUUCCUGACUGCCGCGGUCUUUCAAAGCUUUUGGAACACCUUGACUUUCCUGCUCUCCGACCCGCCCUACGGCUACGACCCACUCCAGAUCGGUCUUUUCGGACUGAUCGGGAUCCUUGCCGUGUGCUUGGCACCGUUUACCGGUAGGCUCAUCGAUAAGCUGGUCACCUGGGUAGGGGUAUUGCUAGGACUAAGUAUCCAGCUCUGUUCGAUGGCGAUCGCCACGGGGGCAGCGAAACGGUCUGUCGGAGCUGUAGCGGUAGUCUGUUUCGGUCUGGACAUUGGUCUGCAGAUAGGUCAAGUCAGCCUCAGUACCAGGAUCUAUGCUUUGAAACCAGAAGCCAGGGCCCGCUUGAACUCGGUCUUCAUCAUCUCGCUCUUCCUUGGCCAGACUAUGGGUACGUCAGUCGGAGCGAAACUUUAUACCAUAGGAGGCUGGACAGCAAGCUCGGGACUCUCAAUGGGGUUCUUGGGUUUCGCUCUGUUGGUUCACUUUGCGAGGGGUCCACACGCAACUACAAGGUGGCUAGGAUGGCAAGGAGGUAGCAAGCUGAGAAAGCAACAGGUCGUCCACCAGGAGGAGGAGGCGAGACAGGACCAAGGAGGAGACGUAAAAUCGCCGGGCAAGGAAGAUGUCGUUAUGGUAGAGCUAGGCCAAAAUGAUCUGGCAGACCGCAAACAAAGUCGGCUGUCUUCAGAUCGGCCGGUCUAGGAACAAAGGCAGAUGAAGAGCAGCACUCGGCAAGA